CAGCAACCACAGACCCCUACUGCAGGCGGGUGGGAGGAGGUUGAUUUAAAAGACAGAUGGGCCUCUGGCCAAAGCACUCAGCUCUGCGCCCAGCCACUGCGCCCUAGGGGCUAUAAGAGCACCCAGACUUCCGGACCAGCUCCGGGGCGGGUGCCAUGUGAGCCCUGACAGGCUCUUCUCCUGCCUGCCUUCCUUCCGCCCCUCCUCCUGCCCGCGGUGCUGUGCCUGCCCAGCCUCUCCAAAGAGGGACACUUGGCACCAUGUCUCUGCUCAACCCUGUCCUGCUGCCCCCAAAGGUGAAGGCUUAUCUGAGCCAAGGGGAGCGCUUCAUCAAAUGGGACGAUGAAACGACAAUAGCCUCCCCAGUUAUUCUCCGUGUGGACCCCAAGGGCUACUACUUAUACUGGACAUAUCAGAGUAAGGAGAUGGAGUUUCUGGAUAUCACCAGCAUCCGGGACACCCGCUUUGGGAGGUUUGCCAAGCUGCCCAAGAGCCAGAAGCUCCGGGAUGUCUUCAACAUGGACUUUCCUGACAACAACUUCCUGCUGAAGACACUCACUGUGGUGUCCGGCCCUGACAUGGUGGACCUAACCUUCCAUAACUUCGUCUCCUACAAGGAGAACGUGGGCAAGAACUGGGCAGAAGAUGUACUGGCCCUGGUCAAGCACCCGCUGACGGCCAACGCCUCCCGCCUCACCUUUCUGGACAAGAUCCUGGUGAAGCUCAAGAUGCAACUCAACCCCGAGGGGAAGAUUCCCGUGAAGAAUUUUUUCCAGAUGUUUCCUGCUGACCGCAAGCGGGUAGAAGCUGCUCUCAGCACCUGCCACCUCCCAAAAGGCAAGAAUGAUGCCAUCAAUCCUGAGGACUUCCCAGAAUCUGUCUACAAGAGUUUUCUCAUGAGCCUCUGUCCUCGGCCAGAAAUAGAUGAGAUCUUCACUUCCUACCAUGCCAAGGCCAAACCCUACAUGACCAAGGAGCACCUGACCAAAUUCAUCAACCAGAAACAGCGCGACUCCCGGCUCAACUCCUUGCUGUUCCCGCCGGCACGGCCUGACCAGGUGCAGGGCCUCAUCGACAAGUACGAGCCCAGCGGCAUUAACAUACAGAGGGGCCAGCUGUCACCCGAGGGCAUGGUGUGGUUUCUCUGCGGGCCAGAGAACAGCGUGCUGGCCCAGGACAAGCUGCUGCUGCACCACGACAUGACGCAGCCACUCAACCAUUACUUCAUCAACUCCUCACACAACACCUACCUGACAGGUGGCCAGUUCUCAGGCCUCUCCUCUGCUGAGAUGUACCGCCAGGUGCUGCUGGCCGGCUGCCGCUGUGUGGAGCUGGACUGCUGGAAGGGGAAGCCUACCGACGAGGAGCCCAUCAUCACCCAUGGCUUCACCAUGACCACAGACAUCUAUUUCAAGGAAGCAAUUGAAGCUAUUGCGGAAAGUGCCUUUAAGACCUCCCCUUAUCCAGUCAUCCUGUCAUUUGAAAACCACGUGGAUUCACCCCGCCAACAGGCUAAGAUGGCUGAGUAUUGCCGGACGAUAUUUGGGGAUAUGCUGCUCACAGAGCCCCUGGAAAAGUUCCCACUGAACCCAGGCGUCCCCCUGCCCAGCCCUGAGGAUCUCCGAGGCAAGAUCCUCAUCAAGAACAAGAAGAACCAGUUUUCUAGCCCAGCAGCUCCCAGCAAAGAGCCGGAUGGAGAUGCUGAAGGGAGUGGCCCACCCAGUGCCCCUGUGGGUGAGGACACAGUGCUGAGGGAGGCAGUGUGGACUGGUGAGGAAGGGGCUGAGUUGGAGGACGAGGAGGUGGAAGAGGAAGAGGAGGAGGAGUCGGGAAACCUGGAUGAAGAGGAGAUGAAGAAGAUGCAGUCAGAUGAGGGCACAGCGGGCCUGGAGGUGACAGCUUACAAGGAGAUGUCCAGCUUAGUCAAUUACAUCCAGCCUACCAAGUUCAUCUCUUUCGAGUUCUCUGCCCAGAAGAACCGAAGUUAUGUCAUCUCCUCCUUCACAGAGCUCAAGGCUUAUGACCUGCUCUCCAAGGCCUCCGUGCAGUUUGUGGACUACAACAAGCGGCAGAUGAGCCGCAUCUACCCCAAGGGCACCCGCAUGGACUCCUCCAACUAUAUGCCCCAGAUGUUCUGGAAUGCCGGUUGCCAGAUGGUUGCUCUCAACUUCCAGACAAUGGACCUGCCCAUGCAGCAGAACAUGGCGCUCUUCGAAUUCAAUGGGCAGAGUGGUUACCUCCUCAAGCAUGAGUUCAUGCGUCGGCCGGACAAGCAGUUCAACCCCUUCUCAGUGGACCGCAUUGACGUGGUGGUAGCCACCACCCUUUCCAUUACGGUGAUCUCUGGGCAGUUCCUGUCAGAGCGCAGUGUGCGCACCUAUGUGGAAGUGGAGCUGUUUGGCCUUCCUGGGGACACCAAGAGGCGCUAUCGGACCAAGCUGUCACCCACUACCAACUCCAUCAAUCCUGUCUGGAAGGAGGAGCCCUUUGUCUUUGAGAAGAUCUUAAUGCCUGAGCUGGCUUCCCUCAGGGUGGCUGUGAUGGAGGAAGGCAACAAGUUUCUUGGACAUCGCAUCAUCCCCAUCAAUGCCCUGAAUUCUGGGUACCACCAUCUGUGCCUGCACAGUGAGAGCAACAUGCCCCUCACCAUGCCUGCGCUCUUUGUCUUCCUAGAGAUGAAGGACUAUGUACCUGACACCUGGGCAGGCCCAUGAUGUCCCUGUGCACCCAGAUCUCACCGUGGCCCUCGCCAAUCCCAUCAAGUUCUUCAAUGCCCAUGAUAAGAAGUCUGUGAAGCUCAAGGAA